UUGGGUUGGGUCUCUCUCAUCUUGGUUCCCAAUUAUUGUGCACUGCUAGUGCUGUGUCAUGUGUGCCGCCCUUGAUAUAUCGAAUUCACUCUAAUUACACGCCCCCUUCUUUUCACUUGUCUUCAACUCUCUUUCUUUUUUUCUCCAGCAAAUGUUCAAACUCUAAUUUCAUAUUCAUUGAAAAAUUUACACUCUCAAAAAUUUAUCGAGAUUUUGACCUAGAAAAUUUCUUCAAUUUACCGUCGAAAAAUCUAUUGAAGAAGAGAUGACGCCAUUGACAGCAAACAAUUCUUCAUGGCAACCUCAAGAACAAGGGAUUAAGGAGAUUUGUGGAUUGUUAGAGCAGCAAAUUUCACCUGUUUCUGAUAAAUCGCAGAUUUGGCAGCAAUUACAACACUAUUCUCAGUUUCCUGAUUUCAAUAAUUAUCUUGCCUUCAUCUUGUCUCAUGCUGAAGUGAAACCAGUUGAAGUUCGGCAAGCUGCUGGAUUACUUCUGAAGAAUAAUCUUAGGACCUCUUUCAAAACUAUGGCCCCAGCUAAUCAGCAAUAUAUAAAAUCAGAGCUGUUGCCUUGUCUAGGAUCACCUGAUAGGCACAUUCGUACGACUGCUGGGACCAUUAUUAGUGUCAUUGUGCAGCUAGUGGGAGUUAUCGGUUGGCCUGAGCUGUUGCAGGCUCUCUUAACUUGUCUAGGGAGUACCGAUCUUCAUCAAGUUGAAGGAGCAAUGGAUGCUUUAUCAAAGAUUUGUGAAGAUGUACCUCAAGUGCUUGAUUCAGAUGUUCCAGGAAUGACUGAACGCCCAAUCAACAUUUUUCUUCCAAAAUUAUUUGAGUUGUUUCAAUCAACACAGGCCACGCUGAGGAAGCUUGCAUUGAAUUCAGUCAAUCAAUACAUUAUGUUAAUGCCUUCUUAUCUAUAUAUGUCAAUGGACAAAUACCUCCAUGGUCUGUUUCUGCUUGCUAAUGAUCCUGCUCCAGAGGUGCGGAAACUGGUCUGUUCGGCUUUUGUUCAGCUUGUUGAAGUUAAGCCCUCGUUUCUCGAGCCCCAUUUGAGGAAUGUCUUAGAAUACAUGCUGCAAGUCAAUAAGGAUGGUGAUGACGAAGUGGCGCUCGAAGCUUGUGAAUUUUGGUCUGCUUAUUGUGAUGCACAAUUGCCACCUGAGAACUUGAGGGAGUUCUUACCACGACUUAUUCCUGUUCUGUUGUCUAAUAUGGUUUAUGCUGAUGAUGACGAGUCAAUAACCGAAGCGGAGGAGGAUGAGUCUGUACCUGAUCGUGAUCAGGAUUUGAAGCCCAGGUUUCAUUCAUCACGUUUUCAUGGAUCAGACAACGUGGAGGAUGAUGAUGAUGUUGUUAAUAUAUGGAAUCUACGGAAAUGCAGUGCAGCUGCUUUGGAUAUUCUCUCCAAUGUGUUUGGGGAUGAGAUUCUUCCUGCACUAAUGCCUUUAAUUCAGGCUAACUUAUCAGCUAGUGAUGAUCAAUCCUGGAAACAUAGAGAAGCCGCUGUUUUAGCCAUUGGUGCUGUGGGCGAGGGCUGUAUAAAUGGUUUAUACCCUCAUCUAUCAGAGAUUGUCGGUUUUCUCAUUCCUCUUCUGGAUGAUAAAUUUCCUCUUAUACGGAGCAUUUCAUGCUGGACACUUUCUCGUUUCAGCAAAUUUGUUGUUCAGAAUAUUGGCGAUGAAAAAGGUAAUGAGCAAUUCGAGAAGGUACUGAUGGGUCUUCUACGAAGAAUAUUGGACACAAACAAACGUGUCCAGGAAGCUGCUUGUUCGGCUUUUGCGACACUUGAAGAGGAAGCUGCUGAAGAGUUAGCACCACGAUUAGAAACUAUAUUGCAACACUUGAUGUGCGCGUUUGGGAAAUACCAGAAAAAAAAUUUGCGGAUUGUCUAUGAUGCUAUUGGAACUUUAGCUGAUGCCGUCGGAGGGGAGCUAAAUCAGCCUAGGCAUCUAGAAAUCCUUAUGCCUCCGCUGAUUGCAAAGUGGCAGCAACUCUCUAAUGUUGAUAGGGAUAUUUUCCCGUUACUCGAGUGCUUUACAUCUAUAGCACAGGCGUUGGGUCCAGGAUUUUCUCAGUUUGCUGAACCUGUAUUUCAGAGGUGCAUAAACAUCAUCCAAACACAACAAAUGACAAAGGUCAAUUCAGCUUCUACUGGUGUUCAGUAUGAUAGAGAGUUCGUUGUUUGCUCUCUUGAUUUGCUCUCUGGACUUGUAGAGGGCCUUGGCAGCGGCGUAGAGAGUUUGGUCUCACAGAGUGUCUUGAGAGAUCUGCUUCUGCAAUGUUGUAUGGAUGAUGCUCCUGAUGUCCGGCAGAGUGCUUUUGCACUUCUUGGUGACCUGGCGAGAGUUUGUCCUGUUCACCUUCGCCCUUCUUUGCCACAGUUUCUAGAUAUCACCGCAAAGCAAUUGGAUAUUUCCAAGCUGAAAGAUACAAUAUCCGUAGCAAAUAACGCUUGUUGGGCAAUUGGUGAAUUAGCUGUCAAGGCUCAGCAAGAUAUCUCACCAGUUGUAAUGACAGUCAUCUCUUCCUUGGUUCUAAUACUUCAACAUGCAAAGGAGCUUAACAAGUCGCUUACAGAGAAUGCUACCAUUACUCUUGGAAGGUUUGCGUGGGCCUGUCCUGAUCUUGUAGCUCCACAUAUGGAGCAUUUCAUGCAACCAUGGUGCAGUGCAUUGGCCAUGAUACGAGAUGACGUCGAAAAAGAAGAUGCUUUUCGAGGUCUAUGUGCGAUGGUUAAAAUGAAUCCUAAUGCAGCCUUGAGUUCACUUCCCUUCUUGGUGAAAGCAAUUGCAAGCUGGCAUGAAAUUAAAAGCCCGGAUCUGCAAAAUGAAGUAUGUCAGGUGUUGCAUGGGUAUAAACAGAUGCUUGGAAAUGGACAGUGGGAACAAUGUGUCUCGUCUUUGGAGCCAGCGGUGAAGGAUAAGUUGUCGAAGUAUCAGAUAUAAUGUUUUUCGGCAUUGAACUGAGACAGCAUUGUGUCUCACUUCUUUGAAAGUAAAAGAGUUUGAAACUGCAUUGUUUUUAUGAAUUUAUUAUCAUCUCCGGAGUCUCAUAUGGUAUCAAUGUCGAUUCUUUCCGCGCCAACACUGACAGUUGCAAUUUUUGGCCAAGCAACACAAAUAUUGUGUCGAGGUGCUAUCAAUCACAUAUCUAUCUCAGAGCAACAAAGUGAACUUACGGAAUUCAGCCACUUGUUUUGGUUGUGUGAUAUCAUUGAGGAAUAGGAGGUCGUGUUAUCAGAGGUUUUUCCGUGAAUAUUUCUAGUAUGGGUUGAGUCAAUCAUCCACUUUGGUAUCUUAUUGAACAAAUGGUAUAAGCUUGGCGGGGAUAUAUAGUUGUGUAACCUGGUUACAUAAGCUUUGGUCUAGGGUUGGCUUCUCUUUCGAGUAUUUGGAGAGAAGGCGAUGUAUUAUGUGUGUGUACAUUCUUCACAAUUUACGGGAAAUUUGUUUUUCCCACUCAUUUGAUCAUGUUUGUUUGGACGAAUAUAAGUUUCCUACCAGUUUUGAUGUAUUUACUCCUGCAAUGUUCAUUAAAGUCUUUGGUUAGAAUCCUUAUUGGUUCGAUGUAUUGUUCAAAACUCCAAAUUGCAAUGCGUUGCAUUAUUUUUGAUGUACGCAGUUCGAAUGUCAGCUCCUUGUUUGUUUCCA